AUGGCUCUGACAGGUACAUGUACAAACAGAGUCCAGAACAAGAUAAUUACUACAUUACAGAUGGAAUCAUAUGAGACAAUACAAGUAACAAGUUCCAGAAUAAAUUUGCAUUUACAAAUACAACCAAAAACAGACAAGCCGAAGAAGCAAAUUGCUGACUUCAUCAACCAGCCUUGUCAACGUCAGUGUGGCAUUGUUUAUUGUGCACGACGAAAAGACACUGUUGAUCUUGCACAUGAACUAAAGUCUGCAAAUAUCAAUGCUGUUUUUGUUCAUGGUGAUCUCAAUGAUCUCGAAAGAAGAAAGCAUGAGCGUGCCUGGACUAUUGGUCUUGCCCAAGUGAUAUGUGCCACUAAAUCAUUUGGCAUGGGUAUUGACCGAAAAGAUGAGCAAUUUGUCCUUGACAUGUGCUUUCCCGAAAGCAUUGAUGAUUACUACCAAGGCAUUGGUCGUGCUGGUAGAGAUGGACUACUUACAUUGUGCACACUGUUUUUCAAACAUGAAGACCGAUCAUUCCAUCUCCAUAACAUACUUAAAAUUGAAGACAAGGACUAUCAAGAACACAAAUACAACAUGAAUAAAAUGGUAAAGUACUGUGACAGUGGUUCUUCAUGUCACCAUAGAUGUAUUCUAUCAUACUUUGAAGAAGUUUCACCAGAAUGUGAAGAACAUUGUGACAUUUGCAUUGGAGAUAUACAAUCACAGAAAGACUGUACUAUAAACGCGUGUCAGAAAUUUUCCGGACUGUCAACUAAAAGCGGACUCUCAAAUUUCGGUGUUUUAUCUGCAGAACGCCACCUGAUGCAUACGCAAUUUCCGAGUAAAGUAUGCUUGAGCUAA